AAAUCAAUUUUUAUCUAUUUAAGUGACAUAUGUAUAAAUUGACAAACUUGAAUAAACAACUAUGAACAGUUCAGUCCGCGUUGUAGGAGAGAGUAGGGAGAAACUACACCGCACAUCAUUGACUAUGUAGUAACAUGGUGAGUGUAACGUGAUUAUCAACAUUUACGAUAACUAACGCGCUCGAGAUAACCGCGGUAUAUAUUCAAUCUAUCAUUAUCUGCGAUUGAUUCUGGAAGAGUGGUGCCGGAGUACACACACACACACACACUUCCGAACGAGACUUGUUACAAGAGUGUUGUUUCCGAAUUUUCCGGGUGCUUAGACUCGAGUCUUCCGGGUGUUUCUUCGGAGGGAAACAUACAGUUUCCCUCAAACGUACUUUUCUUCCGCAGUGGGUUAGAAUGUAAGAAUGAGAUAUAUUCGGCAUUCCAAAUUCAAUCGGUGAUACCGGAGGCUACUAGUAGUGUUAAGCCCGAUACACCCUCGGUGGUUACCUCCGAUAACAAGGAGAAUAAGGAUAUCAGCAAUCGCAAGGAAAGUGACAAGGAGGAGGCAAGUGUGGUGCAAGUGAAGGAGAAAGAGGUUGAACAACCUCAACUGGAGAAACGGAGACCGGUUGUGUCGACCUCUAGGUUGUUCGGGGCUGACAGAGGGUCUGGACCCAAGCCGAGGAUUGCUACCAAGGAGAUAUUCGGACCCAGAACAGAGGAGAUGAGCAAAGGAUAUCUGAUGUUCUCAGACGAUACGCCCGGCUUGACAAUGCUUAAAGACGAGCCGGACGAUCUGACUCACCUGGCUCCAGUGGCAGGUGAUGUUUGCGUUCCCCUCGACGACCACCCCUUCCUAGCCGAUAUGCUGGACGACAUCCUGCUCAAGGACAACUUGGCACCCCUCCUCGCUGAUGAGCCUACCGAUCCCUUUAUAGCAUACAGGGAACAGGAACCGUCUCCACAGCUGCUGUCGCCCAACAUACUUCAGACAGUCUUCCAUCCCUAGGCAGUCCGAGCGACUCGCUGCUCGAUGAGGACCAAAUGUCCACGUUCAUGAAUCUCCAAAUGGAUGAUGAGACGGGUGACAUGUCCCUAAGAGCGCCGUAUAUCCCUAUGGACAUCGCUGACGACCUUCCGUUGUUGAUGUCCAAUGACCUUAUGUGGAGUAGCAACGAGAAAAAACAACUGCCUGACAGUAAUUCCAGUUUAGCGCAGCUGCUAUCAACGUCGAUGAACAAGCAUGGGCUCAAAGCGAAUGAUCAUGGAGGUGGUGGGGGGUUGAUCGUGCCUGAGGAGGACCUUGAUAGGAUGUUUGGUGAUAAAAAUGAAAAAACGAAAUCGUGGACGACACAGAACAACCUCAAAAACACAUCUCUGAACAACCAGCGAAGUGAACGCCACCAAAACAUUAAACGCAGCAGCCCAUCCUCAUACGACACUCAAAGUAAAAGGCCGAAGAACGAGCCUAAAGAAAAAAUGUCCUCUGAGCUGCUCCAACAGCUCAUGUUCAACAACCACAACAGGGGCAGGCCCAAAGGCAAAAGCAACUGGUUGUUGGACAGCGGCGGGCAAAAAGCGGCGUGCAUCUCACAGCCUAGCGACAGCGUUCUCAUGAACCUCCUUGUAAGUGGGUUCGACAUUCGGGCAGGGUACAUCUGCCUAGCGCCUACCAAGUCUAAGAGAUGAACGGAGCCCGCGAUUUGGGGCGUUUUAGUUUUUUUUUUUUCGUUCGUUUGACGGGUGGAACAGUGACGUGAUACGUUUUUGUGCACGCAAAAUUGUUUUUUAUCCAAGGUACCUCUUCAUAUUCGGAAAGGAGAUGUAUUAACAGCAGAGUAAUAGGAGGAACAACGACGAUCAGGAGUUAUCUUCAGUAAUGCAGAAGGUUUCCUUUGUCUUGAGGUUGGAAGCCUAAGACACGAUGAAGAUUGCAGUGAUUUCUUCCAUCAAACGUGGGGUGAACGUCUACAAACAAGAAGAUGCUAAAAAAAUUGGAAAAAAUACAGGAAGUUUGCUUGAAGAAGUGGAGCACGGUGGGAACCAACAAUUGCUAAAGCAGCAGUUCUAGCUACAGUUUGGAAACCUCUAUGGAGCAAACAUAAGAGAUUGUGCAUAGCUGACAGUAUCUGUGAUUCUGUCGCGUUAUAGCAUGUGAUCCAGUAUUGCAAUAAUUUGAUUUGACAUUUCAUAUUUUUGAAAAAGAGGCGACCAGAUAAAUAUAACAAAUCGUUUAUGGCGAAUAAUUAGAAACACUAGACGAUAUAGCUUUAUUUUGAAAUAAAUGAUUUGAGUUUAAUAGGCUAUUUGACACUUUUCUUAAAUUUGUCUUAAAAAGUUAAUCUUUGUUCAAAUAAAUUAAUUCUAUAUUUUUUGAGACCUAAAAAGCCGCAAAACUUUAAAAAUAUAUUUUUUUAAGAGAGGCUAAUACGCUGUCCGCCAUGUUUGGGCCAUGGAAUAAUGUGCUGUGACGUCAUACUAUUUGUAAACAGCAGCAUCACAUCUCAAACUUUUAAACAUAUACUCCUACUAGUUUACAUGAAAAAUUUAAUAAUGAUCGUCAUUGUAUCGUCCGAGAUUGUAGAAAACACUUUGAUAAAGACCCUAGGAAGGCUGUGCCCAGGGAAAUGAUAUACGUGGCUAAGAAUUGCUCAAAGGGAUCCUGGAUCUUUAUCCACUGUAACUCAAAAUUGUUUUUCCGAAGAUCACGUUCAUUGUAAUAUUAGAUAAAAUUAUUCCGAGGUUAUGAUGCAUAACCUUAGUUUAGAAUGAGUUCAGAAAAGAAAGAUUAUGUAAAUGUAUUACUUAUUCCUUCUUCUUCUUCCAUUAUAUCAGAUGCAUUAUACUUUCACAGAAAUCUUGAAGUUCCUCGGCUGAGCCGAGCAAGAACGUGGGCUGAAGUCACAUCAUGGCCAAUAGCGUUUUCAACAAAUUAAAAAUAAAAAAUAUAUUAUUUUAAAUUGGACUUAAAUAUACAUCCUGCACUUUUAAAAAUUGAAAUUGAUGUAUUUCGUUUUCCUAAGCCAAUAAGAAGCACCCACUUAUUCUAUGAAAUUGGAUAUCAGCCAAGUAGCCUAUUGACAUGUUCACCUACAGUAGCGGACAAAAAUUCUGAAACAUUCUUAGUAAUUUUCAAAAGGUGUGCUAAUUUUUUAUUCUUUACUAUUGAGGACUAUUUUUUCUCAUAUAGUUAGCUUACAGUCUUGAGGAUACAAAUGACAAUUUGUGUUUGCUGUGGUACUGCAGACUACCACUGGACGCCUACCAAAAAGCCUAAAAUCCACCAAGCGCACCCUAUUCUACGAUUCUUUUGAAAAUCUGUGUGGCUGGCAUUCGAGGAUCUUCAUGGGACAAACGUUUAAUGAGCGAUCCAAAACAUCUUUUGAAAAUUCUUUUACAUUUGCCAUUCUCACUGAUGUUAAUAUUUACCGCACGUAAUAUCAGAGUAUCGCAGAAUGAAUAAAUACGACAAAACUGAAACUUUUGUCGUUACAAGAACUGUGGUAUUUGAAAAAAAAACUCGUGUAUAGGCUUUAAUAUGUAAAUUAUCCGUUCCUUCACAAUUUUAAUUUAGGUAUAUGAAAUAGUUCAUAAUAAUGUUAAUAUUUGUUUCCAAACAUUUGUCCGCUACUGUAUGCAUGCAGUGCUUUUCAGAAAGCCUUUUGAACGGCGGAAAUUCGGAAUACUAGGAAAAAUGGCAAUUGAAAACUUCGUAACAUGUUUUAACGGAUUAAUGGGCCAUGUGAUGCCUUCUUGUGAAGCUCAUUGUGGUUACUUCAUAGUGCUGGAAUAUAAAUCUUUAUCUAUCUUCCAAAAUGGCCAACUGGCAACGAACGAAAAAAACUAGCAGAGGCCCAAACUGAGCGUUUUCAUAAAUUGAGUCGACACCUAAUUAUCAAAACGUUAUUACUAUGCCAAUUUUCUUCUUUUGAAGGUUCUACCUGAUUGUUCGCGUUAACCCACUUCAAUGUACAAAAACGCAUAAAUUUAAUAUGAUUUUAUAUUCAUAUAAGUUUCAAAAUGAGAUAUCAUACGAUUCCCAUUCCAUUUAAAAAAUGUUGCGCGUCUGUCGUCUUGGAAUUCAGCUGCCAAUUUUUCGCUUAAAUAUGGUGUUCAUGCAUUCAUUUCAGCUUGCUAAAUUGACGCGUUAAAAAAAUAAGCAGCGGAGGAGAAUUUUUUGAAAAGCAGUGAUGUUUUGAAUGAAUCUUCUGAAAAAAUGUACUACAUAUAUGUUUUACGAUUAAAACGUAGUAGUCAAAACAAACAGUUGAUGAUAGAAUGGCAAUAUUUUCCUGUAUGAAAUCAUAUCAUCUCAUGUCUACUUUCGAGCAAUUACAGCAAAAGAUUACUAUUUUUCAAUACAAACAUAUCUGAAUGUAUGUUAAAGCAAGGUUCAGAAGAUCGCCUAACACCAUGACUGGGAAAGUUCCAUACUAUAUCCUCUAAUUAAUCAUUUAUGGUCCGCUGGCUAAUAGCGUGCGUUGCUGCUUAUUUUGCCGAGGAGUGAAUGUGAGUUGAAUACCAUAUGGCGGCAUUUUUAUUGUCAGCAUUAAACAGAAUGGAACCUGUCACAUUAUUGUACCAGCUAUAUUGUCUAGUGCGUUGUUUCAUAUUUCUAAAUCCAUAGUAACAUUCAGUGAAUCUGAAGAGGAUCCUUAGCUUUCUUUUCCUUAGAAGGGUAGUAUUAGUGAAAGAGCGUACGUAGAUAAUUGUAUGUAUGAGAAAAAAAAAUGUUGCUGAUUGUGAGUGUGAAUUGAAUAAAAAUGUAAUCUAGUCUUUUUUAGUUAAAAAAUAGCCUCACAUUUGUGAAGAGCAGCAUCUACGGAGAGUAGAGGACUUGUAUUGAUUUAGUAAGCUUCAGAUUUUUAUUGAAAAAAAAAUUAUAAAUAUCCGUGAAUUUGAUUAACUUUCAGUUCAUUUAACCAAAAUGUUUCAAUAAUUUGACAUAUGGUAACAUGUAUGCAAUAUGUUCGUUAGGCAUGAAAUAUGAUCUAAUAAUCCACCAAUUCUUUACCGAAGUUUAUUUAAAUACCAACGCAAAUCUGUAUGAUUUCUCCAGAGAUCUGACGAAGAUAAAAUUUUGAGAGUUAUGAGACGAUAUCUGACAACUUUGAAGUUAUUACGUAUAUUCUAAAAUACCUGGCCGAAUUAUAUGUGCAAAGCAAAACAAGCUACUUACGCGUUAAAUAUUGAAACACGAAAAAAAAACUUAAUAUUGUUGAUGUAUGUGAUAUUUAAUAUAGCUCCUGAACUUUGUGUUGUAUCUGUUAAAAUUUUGUGAAAUCAGUUAAAUAUUUCAACCAGAUGUAGUAAUAUUAAAGUAUAGAUUCCUAUUAAUCAUAUAGUAAUCAUAUAUUUAUCGAAAUCACAGUACAAUAGUUCAGGGAAUUAAGAUAGAUGAAACUGCCACUAAUUCCUAAAUACCUACAUCAUCAAAUUUCCAAUUGUUUCGAAUGUUCCUAUUAACGAAACUAAAAUGGAAGCUUGAACAUUUUCUUAAUGUAAGAGAACGAAAUACGUUUUAUAAUUCAUUCGUUGUAAUAGAAUCAUAAUUUUUAAAAAUGAGCAAUAAAACCAGAUUCAUAAAUCAUUUAAUCAUAUCUGAUUACGCGAUUAUUCGUAGCGUGAGAUUCAUUUUUUUUGAUAAAGUUGCUAAUUUUUUAAUGCUCUCUGUUUAGACAUUCCUGCUUCCCUGCAAUAUAAAAUUAUUAGGAAUCGCAUUGAUUAUAUGCCAAAAAAGGUUUUUCUGGUCACAUCUUGACAUGCUGGGAGCUGGAAGCAAGAAUAAACAUAAUUUCUGUUCACUUUAAAAUUAUAUAAGCAACACUAAGUGUACAUCUGAGUUGUUCAUAGAGUAAUUUUUAAAUUAUGUGGUGCAGGGCAGCUCAACCAGGAUAUAACAUAAUAAGAAUUCAGGCUGGAUAAGAUCUGCUAGCUUUCAGCCUGUGUGACCAUAACUAUAUACAGCGUUGUUUCAUGCUUCUUAGCAAUUAUUGGUAUGGUAUAGGUCUAGCCAUUGAAGAAAGAUAGGCGUUUGGCAAAUUACUGUAAAAAAUUAUAACCUAUAUUUUAAUAUUUGCAUCAUACUUGACGGUACACGGGACGAGCAUCUUCUGUGCCAAUGUUAUAACAGAUCAAUUGAGUGUCUUGUUUAUUUUAUAGAAUGUUGUUUUCUGGUUGUGCUACCUUGUACAGAAGUAGGGUAGUAAAAUAAACAUUUUUGAAAAUGUUCAAAAAAUGGCUGAAUUAUAAAUCAGCAUGGAUCUGGGAAACUUCUUUGUACCGCAUUUUUCACUGAUAUCGUAUAAACAUUUCCAUAAAUGUAUUGAUAAUAUAAAAACUCAUUUUGACAACAUCCUCCUUUGUCUUCUCAAACUCCCGUUUCCCAAUUCGAUCUUAUUUUCAAAUCAAAACCUUUGAUAAGGCAUGCGUUUACAAGUUGUUUUCCAGGGUUUCCGAGAAUACCGAAAGGACAUCAUGGUAACGAUUCAAAUAAUUUUGUACAUAUCUUUUUAUAUUGGAUAUGAAUAUUUUUUAUUUACGUAAUGUGGAUCGUUUUAAUAUCCAAUAUGUAUUUUAAAAAUCAGUUUGUUUGAUUUUAACAUCAUAGUUUUAUUGUGAUAUUAGUUAAAAUACUCAGUGAAUUAUUUUUAGAUAUUUAUAUGAACGAAUAUAAGUAAGCAAUUUGCUAGAACAGGCAUGUAUUUGUGCAUGCACGAAGACUAACGUUUAGCACAAAACUGAUGCACAAAUGCAUUCCUGAAACUCGUUUACAGAUAGAAUUACUUAGUGUUUGUAGAAAAUAUCCACGUUACUCUGUGCUCAUUAUAGUAGGGAGCUGAUUAUAUGCUCAUCUACAUACGUUAUUUUUACUAUGUAAAUGGACUUGUAUGUGUAUAGAAAUUAUAAGUAUGUGUUUGUAACACUGCCAUUGUUCUAAAAUAUGAAAAGCGUAUAUAUAUAUAGAUUAAUUAUUCUAGCAGAAGUAUUCUUGAAAGUCAUCAAUUUUUGUAUAUCUUAGAAAUUCAAGCCGCUUGAAAUAUUGACCAUUUCAAUAAAAUUUGAUAUCUGCUCCAGACAAAACUGGUUUUGGAAAGUAUUCCAUUUGUUUGGAAUAAUGAUCUAUGAAAGUUGUUUUCAUCUGGACUUUUUCACUUCUCUGCUUGCUAGAUAAUUCUAUAACUUUUAAAUGUUAAUAUUUAGGAAAUGAAUAUUACUGUAAUUUUAAUAAAAAAUAUGUCUAUCAGUGAAGCAGCAAAAUAAUAUAGGCUGUAAAAAUUAUUGAGCGAAAUGAGAUAGCUAAGGAAAAUUUUUACAAUAUGAAGAGAGAUUAUUUGAAGCUAUAGACUGAAGUUGAUAAUGUGUAGAUAUAUUUUCGAAUGUGUUAUGCGUCAGAGCACUGUUGGAACAGUUAUAUGGAAUUUUAAAAAAAAUGAGCAUAGGUACUUGGAAGAAAAAGUCUGUUAAAUUUUAUUUAUGAUUCUAUAAAAGCCUAUAUUCAACAAAAGAUGUUGUGAAGCGAAUAAAGCAAUUCCAAAUUAUA